AUGGCAUCAUUCAAUUGCCGUUACUCGACAGCCUCUCCCGUUCUCGCCAUGCAACCCCAGCCUUCAAUCCAACCAGCACCUCCAAUGGCAAGAGUGACGCAUGACCCAGCCGCGGGGGCAUUGCUCGACCCUCCAUCUCAUGAACAGGCGGAUAAGUAUGCACCAAAGCCGGCUGCUGGUAGGAAACGAUCGUGGGGCGAAGCUACAAACAUUCCCGAGCCUGGCCCUCCGACCCCGGCGGCCAUUGAUCCGCAUGGAGGAUUGGCUUGCGGUGAGGGUAUGACGCCCACGGAGUCGAAGAGCAGCAUUCUCACCGACGCCGUCAACCCGUCCGAUGGUUGGUUCAGUGACGAGAAGACGAGCGACGGGCAGGAUGCAACCCAUCAAGACGCACAACGGCGGAUCAACCCGGCCAGUCACAAGUCGCAGCGUGUUGACCACAGCAUACAUGAAUCGCCGGCGCUGCAUCCCUCAAGCUGCGACGACGGAGGCAAGCGUGCGGGAGUGGAGGACUCGGGUGGCGCUGGCGGUCUCGUCAUUGAUGACUUCACCAUUCAUCUCGGCAUUGGGUGGAGAAAAAUCAGCAAUGACGAGGAUAUCCAGGCGGCUGCCCGAGGCUGGGCCCGCUUUAUAGAGAACCACUUUCCCCUCCAUCGUGUUCAGAUCUGCCUCGAGAGCAAAGGGUUGCAGUCAUACCUGGUCGAAACAUCCGAGGGCUAUUUUCUCUUUGCAGAAAAUUUGCGACAAGGCCGGCUGGUUAGCCGCAGCAUCGAGGGCGCAGUUCGCAACUUGCAGCAAACACCGCCAAUAUUUGACGGGGAGGAGUUUGCGAUGAAAUGUAAAAAUUCGCAGUCGACUGAGCCUUUGGCCGACACCGAGAUGAGCCUAGAGUAG